GUAAAUGCUGGGGAAGAAAAAAAGGCAGAUUGCGGAAAGAAGAAAAUGAAGGAAGGGGCCGGCGAUGGAGGGCGGACGGAGCUGAAUCCCUGGCCUGCAUUUAUCAAUGAGCGUUUAGAGAUGUACAAUAAACUUAAAGCUGAACAUGAUGCACUCCUUGCAGAAAGAGCGGCAAGUAACAGUAAACCCAUUAAAGUCACAUUACCCGAUGGCAAACAGGUUGAUGCUGAAUCUUGGAAGACUACACCUUAUCAAAUUGCUUGUGGAAUUAGUCAGGGCUUAGCUGACAACACUGUUAUUGCUAAAGUGAACAAGAUGGUUUGGGAUCUAGACCGUCCUUUGGAGGAGGAUUGCACCCUGGAGCUGCUUAAGUUUGAAGAUGAAGAGGCUCAGGCAGUAUACUGGCACUCAAGUGCUCACAUAAUGGGUGAAGCUAUGGAACGAAUCUAUGGUGGCUGUUUGUGCUAUGGCCCACCAAUAGAAAAUGGAUUUUAUUAUGACAUGUUCCUUGAGGAAGGGGGUGUAUCGAGUAAUGACUUCUCUGCUUUGGAAACAUUAUGCAAAAAGAUAAUGAAGGAAAAACAGGCCUUUGAAAGACUGGAAGUUAAGAAGGAAACAUUACUUGAAAUGUUUAAGUAUAACAAAUUCAAGUGUCGCAUCCUGAAUGAGAAGGUCAAUACUCCAACUACAACAGUAUACAGGUGUGGUCCCUUGAUAGAUUUAUGCAGAGGGCCUCAUGUCAGACAUACUGGCAAGAUAAAGACUAUAAAAAUUCAUAAGAAUUCUUCUACCUAUUGGGAAGGCAAGGCUGAUAUGGAAUCCCUCCAGAGGAUCUAUGGCAUUUCAUUCCCAGAUACAAAAAUGCUGAAGGAAUGGGAGAAAUUUCAGGAGGAGGCUAAAAGCAGAGAUCACAGGAAAAUUGGGCGGGACCAAGAACUGUUUUUCUUCCAUGAGCUCAGCCCUGGUAGUUGUUUUUUCUUGCCAAAAGGAGCUUACAUUUAUAACACGUUAAUUGAAUUCAUCCGGAGUGAGUAUCGAAAAUGGGGAUUCCAGGAGGUUGUCACUCCAAAUGUUUUCAACAGCAAACUAUGGAUGACUUCAGGGCACUGGCAGCAUUACAGUGACAACAUGUUUUCCUUUGAAGUGGAGAAAGAAAUCUUCGCUCUGAAGCCUAUGAACUGUCCAGGACACUGCCUUAUGUUUGAUCAUCGCCCAAGAUCAUGGCGUGAGCUGCCAUUACGGUUGGCUGAUUUUGGUGUUCUGCAUCGCAAUGAGCUGUCAGGAGCUCUUACAGGACUCACUCGAGUACGCCGGUUCCAGCAGGAUGAUGCUCACAUAUUCUGUGCUAUGGAGCAGAUUGAAGAGGAGAUAAAGAGUUGUCUGCAGUUCUUGCGUACUGUGUAUGAUGUCUUUGGAUUUUCCUUUAAACUGAAUCUCUCCACUCGUCCUGAAAAGUUCCUGGGAGAUAUUGAAGUGUGGAAUCAAGCUGAAAAGCAACUCGAAAACAGUCUCAAUGACUUUGGUGAGAAGUGGGAGUUGAACCCUGGCGAUGGAGCUUUCUAUGGACCUAAGAUUGACAUUCAGAUUAAAGAUGCCAUUGGCCGCUACCACCAGUGUGCUACAAUCCAGCUCGACUUUCAGCUGCCAGUCAGGUUUAACCUCACCUUUGUCAGCCACGAUGGUAAUGACAAGACAAGACCAGUUAUCAUUCACCGGGCUAUCUUGGGAUCUGUGGAGAGAAUGAUUGCCAUUCUAACAGAAAACUAUGGAGGGAAAUGGCCGCUCUGGCUGUCCCCACAGCAAGUAAUGGUGGUACCAGUGGGACCAACAUGUGAUGACUAUGCUCAAAAGGUCAGGCAGUACUUCCAUGAUGCUGGAUUAAUGGCAGAUGUUGACGUAGAUCCUGGGUGCACACUGAACAAGAAGAUCAGAAAUGCUCAGCUUGCCCAGUAUAACUUUAUUCUUGUUGUUGGUGAGAAGGAGAAGGCAAGCGGAACAGUUAACAUCCGCACCCGAGAUAACAAGGUGCAUGGUGAGCGUACAAUUGCAGACACUGUUAGGAGACUGCUGGAACUGAAAUGCUCUCGCUCCAGACAAGCUGAAGAGGAAUUUUAACACCCAUCUGCUCUACCUGGCAUAAAAAAAGAUUCUAAUUUUCCUAAUUCAGUUAACCACAAAGUUUCUGUGCUGAACCA